GCUGGCGCUUUACAAUGUGCAUCGCAGCGCCAUGUGACGAAUGUGUGCGUGAUUCUGUCUGCAAAUCUUUGAUCAUAGUACUAAACGAGAGUUCUCCUGUUCACGUUCAGGUGCUGUUCUGGAACUUUGGAAGGGAGAACAUUUAAUUCAAAGAGAGAGAAGCAUGGGUAAACCGAAGAUGAAAUCUGUUUCUUCACCGAAAGUGGCUUCCUACCCGCCAAAAACAGUCGUCUCCAAGAAAGCUGGCAAAAUAUCAAAACCUGUCGGCAAACAAGGCGCCAAACUGCAGAAGAAGCAAAGCGGAGGCCCAAAGAACGCUAAGAAGCCCCAGAAACUUCCCACUGACAAAGAGAAUUCCUUGGAUAAAAGUAAAAAUAGUGAGAAGAAGGUGGCCAAAUUCUCACACAGCGUUAAGAAAACGGCAGUAAACAGGGGUGUCAAGAGAAAAAGUGAUAGUGACAAUAAAGGUGAUGAUGGAGGUACUAAGAAACCAAAACUGGAGGAGUUGAGUUUCAAAGACAGGAAGAUAGAACGGCAAAAGCAGAAGAGCAAUUACGAGCUGACGCAGCGAGCCAAAGUCAUCUGGAAUACUGUCCGAGUGAAAAAAUGCAGCAAUGAGAAGAGAUGCAAGCUGCUCACAGAGCUGUGUGGACUGAUCAAAGGCAAAGUAUUCGAGCUGUUGACAGCUCAUGACACAGUCAGGGUCAUCCAGUGCUGUCUGCAGUUUGGAAGCGAGAAACAGAGACAGGAAAUCUUUGAUGAGGUCAAAGAUUCUGAGAAAAUCCUGCAGUUGGUGAAAGGCAAGUACUCCAAGCACUUUGUCAUGAAGAUGCUGCGCUACGGCAGCAAGGAGCACCGUUCCUACAUCAUGACCUGCUUCUAUGGGCAGGUCAGUAAACUCGUCAGGCAUCGGGAGGCGGCUGAAGUCUUGGAGUUGGCUUACAACAACCACGCUAAUGCUAAGCAACGAUCGGCCAUGCUGGAGGAGUUUUACGGCCCUCGCUUCGCUAUCUUCAAGGAGGAAGGCAUCCACACACUUGAAGACAUCUUGGAAAAACAACCGGACAAGAAGCAAGGAAUCAUGGAAAACAUGCUGAAGAUGCUCAGUCAAGUCGUUGAAAAGACAGUGGUGAAGCAUUCCAUCAUACACAAAGCGCUGUUGGAUUUCUUGGUUCACGCACCAACCAAGAUGAAAACAGAAUUGAUAGAAGGCAUGCGGGACAUCGUGGUUCAGAUCUUACACACUCACGAUGGGGCCAGGGCAGCAAUGCAUUGCCUGUGGUAUGGUACAGCCAAGGAUCGGAAAGCCAUCAUCAAAUCUUUCAAGACAUUUGUUCUGAAGAUAUGCAAAGAGGAGUUCGGUCACCUAGUGCUGCUGGCCAUGUUUGACUGCGUGGACGACACGUUACUGGUUCGAAAGGUCAUCAUUGACGAAAUGAUGAAAUCCAUCUCGGAGAUCGCAGAGGAUCCGUACGGACGUAAGGUGCUACUCUAUCUUCUAUCGGCAAGGAAUUCGACUCACUUUCAUCCCCAGGUGGUGCAGAUAUUACAGAAAGGAGACGGCAAUCCUACAAGCAAAAAAGAUGCGCAGCUGAGAAGACAGGAGUUAUUAGCAGCAGCCUCGGGUCCAUUGCUGAGCUACGUCAGCGAGAAUGCCAAGGAAUUGGCUUACAGUAAAUCCAGCUGCCUUCUGAUGAUUGCAGUACUCACACAUGCUAAAGGUGACAAGGUAGAGGGAUACCAGGCAAUUGCCUCGCUAGCUGCUGCAGAGUUUAUACCAGCCCUGGCAGGUGAUGGCGAGGACCAGCUAAAUGAGGUUCAUAUCAUUGAGCAUCCAGCGGGUCAUUUGGUCAUCAGAAAGCUCCUGCAACACCAGAAAACGAUGCUGGAAAAUGCCACAGAAGGUACUGAUGAGAGUGAGCAACUGUUUUCUGACAUUCUUCUGGAUGCUGUUGAAGAGCACAGUCUCCAGGCCUGGACAAGGGCCAACAGGGGAGCCUUGGUCCUAGCAAGCCUUCUUGACUGUGGUCGAGCCGAAUCCAGACAGCGCGCCAUCAACGCCUUGAAACCAGUCUUGAAGAAUCUCUCCAAAAUCAACACCAAAGGAAUGCAAGUCCUCAAGGAGAAACUGCAAACAAAGAAAUGAAAUGACCAAAAACGAACAUUAUGAGCAACAUCCUCAACUGCUCAAGAACCAACAAUGCAGAUGAUCAUCAAGGCAAAAUGUUUCAUCCUGUCGAUGAUGAAUCUCUGUGCUGUAGAUCCAAGGCCCACAAUAAUGAACUUGGUUUGGUCAAAAUGCAGAAUUUUUUAUUCCAGAUACGUACUUGAGAAACAUUUUUUGUCCUUUUGAGGAAGUACAACGUUACGCAUUAUAUUUUCACUUCUAUAUCCACAUGAUACAGUUUUUCAUUCCAAAAGUGGUCAAUCUUAUCUUUUCUAUAAUCUUUAAAAUAACCUAUUUCACAGAAAUUAUUUUUGAGGAUACAUGUAUUAUCAUAUCUGGGAAAUUAUACUUUGCAGUCAAAUUAAUUAUUUAAAAUAUAUACCGGUAGUGACAGACUGUUUGCAUCAAAUUUUGUGCAAGUGGCAGAUGAUUUUUGCCAAACUUCUGGGGUUAACUCUCUGCAGUCAUUCACGGAAAAAAAUCAUUAUUUUAAUGUCCCUGUCAGAAUUUUUUUUUCUGCUCCACAGAUCGUCACUAUGUAUUUUUUUUUUUAAAUCGUAUCAGGAAUCUCUGUAAAUUGAAUUUCAAUAAUGUAUACUCUCAAGGUUGUUUGCUUUUGGAUAACAAACUUCAGAAAAAUGUGGCUCUCGAAAUAUGAUUUUUAAUAAAUCAUUGAACAUUCAUCGAGCGCUUGAACUUUUGA